GCCAUUAAAUUGCCGCUGUGCGACACAGCCACACAUCCUUGGCUUCACUAACAAGAUGCACCCUGUUUUAACUUUUUAACCAGCGCUUUUGAGCCCGAGGUCACUGUUAUGUUUUCGUAGAAUGGAAACAGAAGACGUAUCGGUUCGAGAGCAACUUUUCCACAACCGUGUCCGGGAGACCAUAAUCUGUGUACUCCUGUUUACAUGCCUCUACAUGGUGUCCUACCUCAUACUUACCCACUUCAAGAAGACUGCAGAGUAUGUCACAGAUGAUAUUGAAGAUGCCACCGUCAACAAAAUUGCGCUGUGGCUGUGUACGUUCACCCUGUCUGUCGCAGUGUGCGCGGUGCUCCUUCUCCCCAUCUCCAUUCUGUCCAAUGAGGUGCUGCUCACCUUCCCACAGAGCUACUACAUGCAGUGGCUCAAUGGAUCUCUCAUCCACGGAUUGUGGAACCUAGUUUUUCUUUUCUCCAAUUUGUCUCUGGUCUUUCUCAUGCCCUUUGCCUACUUCUUUACCGAGUCGGAGGGAUUCGCAGGCUCCAGAAAGGGCGUUAUGGCACGAGUUCAUGAAGCAGUUGUGCUGCUGUUGUUGCUGGCUCUACUUGUGCUGGGCAUUGUUUGGGUUGCAUCAGCCCUCCUCCACGACAACAUGGCCAGGAAAAGCUUGUAUGACCUGUGGGAGUAUUACCUUCCUUAUCUGUACUCGGGCAUCUCCCUGUUUGGGGUGUUACUGCUUUUGCUGUGCACUCCCUUUGGCUUGUCCCGGAUGUUCAGUGUGACUGGCCAGCUUCUGGUCAAACCGCGGCUGUUGGAAGAUGUAGAAGAUACUUUGAGCUGCACCACAUUUGAGGAAGACUCGCUCUACAGGAAACUGAAGAGUGGCAGUACGACGUCAUGCUGGGUCAAGCUAAACAUGGAGGCGAUGAAGAAAGAGUACCUAACAGUCCAGAGCAAGCGCAUUGCGCUGGAAAUGCGGAGGAAAGCGUCUCCAUGGCAGCGAAACCUGGGCUAUCCACUGGUCAUGCUUGUGCUCCUCGCACUGACGGUGAUGUGUGUCCUGAUGGUCUGUUUCAAUGUGUUGGAGUUGCUCCUGGACGACACGGCUAUGCCCCGAGGAAAGGAGGACCCUCACCUUGGGAUGGCCUCCUUCUCCAUGUUUGGCUCACUGGGCGCUCUAGUUCAAGUCAUCCUUAUUCUCUACCUGAUGGUGUCCUCAGUGGUGGGUUUCUAUAGUUCUCCUCUCUUUACUGGCCUCCUGCCUCGUGCACAGGACACCAACCUCACACAGAUCAUUGCAAACUGUGUCUCACUGCUUAUUCUGAGCUCAGCACUGCCGGUGUUUUCACGCACACUUGGGAUCACGCGCUUCGAUCUACUGGGAGACUUUGGUCGAUAUAACUGGCUGGGGAACUUCUACAUCGUCUUCCUGUACAACAUGCUGUUUGCCGGUCUCACCUCCGCCUCCCUGAUCAACACGGUCACCUGGGCCGUACAGAGAGAGCUCAUCCGUGCCUUUGGUCUCCACAGACUGCCUUUGACCAUGUCGCGCUCCACGAUCCCCUUCAGACUCCUCCUGGCCAGUGGACUGUCAAAAAUCCAUUGACUUUUCCUCCCCGCCUCUCCUAACCUUUAGAAGCUGAGACACUUCCAGUCUGCACCGAUUGGAUUAAAGACAUUCGCAAUUCAGACACUUUGCCAGUUGGUUCACGUCUCCCCGUGUGAAGAGACCAAAGAAGAUGGCGAGUCUGUCUGCACCGUGUCCAGUGGGAGCUUUGCUGGAAGCUUUUGUGAACAAUGCAUCAGGGUCCAUUUUUCUGCAGUUAUUUGACUGCAGGAACAAAUAUGCAGGCUGUUGGCUGAGUCGUGGUUAAACUGGAACAAGGGGGAAAGGGGAUUUAAGUGGACAAUAAGAGAGUGAGCCUUCGAUAAAACCUGAUGUCUCAUGAAAAGAGGAUUUUGUGGAUAGACAUUGUUCAGUUGACGCAUGGGAAAGUCAGCAGAGUUAUUUUGAAAAAUGGCAACUGUGACAUCAUUUCCUCUUCCUGCUCCAGGUCGAUUUGAGGGCAGUCUCUUUCUGUGGCUUCCCCACGCUUUACCCUCUUUGGUUGUACCACUUUUUUAAGAUUGGGAAUUUUACUUCCAUGUGUUUGGUGGUCCAGUCUGCUCAAGUGUUAUGUACGUUGAUAAGAGGGAAUUUUUAUUGGGAGUAAAUGGGACACAGAGUACCUUGUCUGUCGAUGGAUCUUCAGGUUACACAGGGGCGAGUGAGGUUAUAAUAUCAGUGCUCGAGCACUUUUACAAAUCCAAUUUAUUAGUAGAGUCGAGAACAUUUUCUUUUGUUAUUUACCGUUUUAAGCAGGGUUUUUGCUUUUGUAGAUUACAGUAAUUCUGAGGAUUACUUAUUGAUUUAGAAGAAUAUACUAAAAAGAAAGCGUUACACUUUGUGCAAACUUUUGAAAGCCAUCUGACGCUCACUAGGAGGAACUUCUGCCUUUUGACCGAUCGAACUGUGAAUUAUAAAGAAUCUAUGCGGGGAAGUGCAAUAUUUUAGUAAACGCACAGUUUUUAACCUGACCAAAAAAUUAUGUCUAAAUAUUCUGCAUGGUAUCUUUUGAUUUCUGUGAAGCAGUUUUUCUCAUCUCAAACAUCUUUGGAGCUUAGAAUACUAUCAAGUAGCGAAUGUGACCAUCAAGCCAUGCAAUUUUCCUGUUUUUUAUAUUUUGAUAAAUUCUAUGAUCUCAUUUACAAUGUGUUGGUGACGCUGUGUCACCGUUUACCUUUACUGCUGUAUCGGCAGGUUAUGAGCUGUUGGUUUGACCAGCAGAGGACACUGUCUCUCAAACCCAACGGUGUCGUGCAAGUCUCUCUCUCCACAGUUGGUAUAUGCUCUAGUCUAUAUAUGUAUACAUAUAAAUGUGUGUUUACGCCUUUCACUUUUUCUGGGAAUUUUCUGUUGGUUUUUGGGAACACAAAGUUUUCGAUGUACUAUAUUUGUGGGGAUUUUUGAUCGAUACUUCAAAUGUCGACUAGUAUUUUUAAAGGGUUGAAUGUGAUACAGUUGAGAGAAAAAAAUAUUGAGAUGUUCUCAAAGAUAAAAAUGAAAAAAUAGUAUGUUUUACUUUUGACAUGCUCUGAUGUUUGAGAUUGUAUGAUCAGAAUUUUCAACUAUUGUUUUAUGAGCAAAAAGCAAUAAAAUCAUCUUAUUUUUAA